GUUCGGGAUCGCGCGCAACGUAAGCGGCUCGGGACCGCGCCUGCCCUGUCAGUGUCGGGAACGUGCGGCAGGUGGUCACUUCGCUUUGGAUUCCCCUCCAGAUCCACUGGGACCCAAGUACCUGGCGUCAUGUUGUGGGCAGCCGGCGGGGUCGUGAGGAGAUUGUCUACCUCGGCGAUCUAUUACCAGAACAAGCUAAAUGUGGCUUUAAUAGGUCAGAGCCUAUUUGGGCAAGAGGUUUACACUAACCUGCAGAAACAAGGGCACAAGGUUGUGGGAGUGUUCACCGUCCCUGACCGGGAUGGGAAGGCUGAUCCACUGGCUGUUGCAGCAGAGAAGGAUGGGACACCAGUAUUUAAGUUUCCCAAGUGGAGGCUGAAGGGAAAACCUAUUGCAGAUGUUGUUGAGGCCUAUAGAUCAGUUGGAGCAGAACUAAAUGUGCUCCCAUUCUGCAGCCAGUUCAUUCCUAUGGAUGUUAUUAAUCACCCAAAGCAUGGAUCAAUAAUCUACCAUCCAUCACUGCUUCCACGACACAGAGGCGCUGCUGCUAUAAACUGGACUCUUAUUCAUGGAGAUAAGGUCGGAGGUUUCUCCAUCUUCUGGGCAGAUGAAGGCCUGGAUACUGGCCCAAUUCUUCUGCAGAGGCAAUGUGAUAUUGACCCGAAUGACACUGUUGACUCACUGUACAACCGUUUCCUGUACCCUGAAGGAAUUUCUGCAAUGGUAGAAGCUGUGCAUCUAAUUGCUGAAGGGAAGGCACCUCGAAUAAAUCAACCUGAAGAAGGAGCAUCUUAUGAAGGAAUUCAGAGGAAAGAAAAUGCAAUGAUUUCCUGGGAUCAGCCAGCUGAAGCCAUACACAACUGGAUUCGUGGCCACGAUAAAGUACCUGGAGCAUGGACUCUCCUUGAUGGACAAGCAGUCACCUUGUAUGGUUCCUCCAUGUAUAAAGGUGCAGUACCAUCAGGCCAGCCAUUGGAGAUCAGCGGUGCUAGCAAGCCUGGUCUAGUAACCAGCAAUGGACUGGUGCUCUUUGGCAAUGAUGGAAAUAUGCUGUUGGUUCGAAAUCUUCAGUUUGAGGAUGGAAAAAUGAUUCCUGCCUCCAAAUAUUUCUCCUCUGGUGAGACUGUCACUGUGGAACUGACUGAAGAAGAAAAGAAGGUUGCAGAGGAUAUAAAGGCUAUCUGGAAAUCAAUUUUGAGCAAUGUUGAAGCCAUUGAGGAUACCACCGAUUUCUUCAAAUCUGGAGCAGCUUCCAUGGAUGUUGUCAGGCUGGUUGAAGAAAUUAAACAAAAAUGCAAUGGCCUGCAGCUGCAAAAUGAAGAUGUCUACAUGGCAACGAAGUUCGAGGAUUUCAUCCAAAUGAUUGUGAGGAAACUGAGAGGAGAGGACAAAGAGGAAGAACUGGAAGUGGAUUAUGUUUUGAUGGAUGUAAAUGAUAUGACUGUGAAAAUGCCACACCAGUGCUUCAUCGAUGGCAGGUUUACAAACGCUGAGGAAGGGAAGACAUACAAUACCAUCAAUCCCACCAAUGGCUCUGUGAUCUGUGAGGUGUCAUAUUCAUCAGUUGCUGAUGUUGACAGAGCUGUGGCUGCAGCCAAAGAUGCCUUUGAAAAUGGACAGUGGGGAAAGAUGAAUGCAAGAGACAGAGGCAGAUUGUUGUACCAACUUGCAGAUCUGAUGGAGGAGCACCAGGAAGAACUGGCUACCAUUGAGGCCAUUGACUCAGGGGCUGUGUACACACUUGCUCUGAAGACGCAUGUUGGAAUGUCCAUUCAAACAUUCAGAUACUUUGCAGGAUGGUGUGAUAAGAUCCAGGGUUCUACAAUCCCCAUUAAUCAAGCUCGUCCCAAUCGUAAUUUAACAUAUACAAAGAAGGAGCCACUCGGAGUCUGUGCGAUCAUUAUUCCCUGGAAUUAUCCUCUUAUGAUGCUGGCAUGGAAGAGUGCUGCUUGUCUGGCAGCAGGCAACACUUUAGUGCUGAAACCGGCACAGGUGACUCCGCUGACUGCAUUGAAGUUUGCUGAAUUGGCAGCACGAGCUGGAAUACCGAAAGGAGUUAUCAAUAUUCUUCCUGGAUCAGGUGGCCUGGUUGGGCAGCGGCUGUCAGAACACCCGGAUGUUCGCAAACUGGGGUUCACAGGAUCAACUCCAAUUGGUAAACAGAUUAUGAAAAGCUGUGCUGUGAGUAAUCUGAAAAAGGUCUCUUUGGAGUUGGGUGGGAAAUCUCCACUCAUCAUCUUCAAUGACUGUGACCUUGACAAGGCUGUAAGAAUGGGUAUGGGUGCAGUAUAUUUCAAUAAGGGGGAAAACUGCAUUGCUGCUGGCCGUUUGUUUGUUGAAGAAUCUGUCCAUGAUGAAUUUGUUCGGCGAGUGGUUGAGGAGAUUAAGAAGAUGAAAAUCGGUGAUCCUUUAGACAGGUCAACAGAUCAUGGGCCACAAAACCAUAAAGCUCAUCUGGAAAAACUGUUGGAAUACUGUGAGAUUGGAGUGAAGGAAGGAGCGACACUGGUAUAUGGGGGAAAGUCUGUUUUGCACCCUGGUUUCUUCAUGGAACCGACAGUGUUCACUGAUGUGGAGGAUGACAUGUUCAUUGCGAAAGAAGAAUCAUUUGGACCAGUGAUGGUCAUUUCUAAGUUUCGAGAUGGAGAUGUUGAUGGAGUGUUGCAUCGAGCAAAUAAUACAGAGUUUGGUUUAGCGUCAGGGGUUUUCACACAGGACAUCGGAAAAGCGAUGUAUGUGAGCGAUGGACUCGAUGCUGGAACUGUAUUUAUCAACACAUAUAAUAAAACUGAUGUUGCUGCUCCCUUUGGGGGUUUUAAACAGUCUGGAUUUGGAAAAGAUCUGGGCGAGGAAGCUCUUCAUGAAUAUCUACGAACUAAAGCUGUAACUGUGGAAUAUUAGAACCAUACUGCAAGAACAUCUUCCUUCACACUGGCUACACUUAAACCAGUAAAGCUACUGCUCUAUCUUACAGACUGAACCCUCGGUGACAACUGAAUUGUACAGACUGAAAUAAAAAUGAAGUAUUGUGAUAUACUGGAGAUCUGAUAUGCAAAGUAUCUUCUGGAGAAAUUUAGCAGAUCUAAAAGCAUCUCCAGAGAGAAAAGUUCCACAGAAAUGUCUUACUGGAUAUGAAACGUUAACUCUGUUUCUCUGUCCACAGAUGCUGCCAGAUCUGCUGUUAUUUUCUAUGAAUAAAUUGAACCCUAGGGUCACCUGACUUAUACAGACUGAACCCUAGGGGAAAACCGUGACUUACUUGCUUUUAAUGAUAGCCCCCAAGAGAAGUAAAAUUAUCCCAUUUACAUUGUUGAUGCAUUGACAUUUCUGUGUGCCUCAAUAUCAUCAAAUAUAUCUUAAAUAAUCACUAGUUUGAGAUCUUAGACACAGAUUAUGCUUUGUGGGUGCAAUCAAUAUUUAGACAUAAAGUAAUGUUCAAAAUUGCAUCAGUUCAUGGAAGUUUUUGCUCUUUAAUUUUUUCCCUCAAUAUCAUAUACAUGUUAUCUUCCAUGAACUGGUACAAUAGGGCUGUUUUAGACAUUUUCUUUACAUUUGAAUUAAAAAUAUUCCUUAAAAUACCUGAGGUGGUAACUGGUGCAGUUUUAUUGAGCUGCAAUUGGGUUUGUCACAAAAAAUUAAUUAAUGUUUGAUCUAGCACUUUAAGUAAAAGUGACUACACUACAUCAGUUGUGAUUUACUGGUGUACAGUAUCAGUUUUAUUCUGAGUUUUAAAAUGUGUCUGAUGGCAUAUUAUGCCUUUAAUAUAAAAACAAGAGAGUUUAUUAAAGACCUUUUUAGACGGUGUGAAAAUGAGUGCAAUUGGGGAAACUCACCAUGGUAAUAUUCAAUCUGGGCAGUGAGCAGGCACAGUGAUUAACUAUCUCAAAAUAUCAUAAAAAUGUGAUCUGAACUUGAAAUUCUGCAAAUUUUUAUGUUGGAAUUUGGGAAAAUUCUGUGGGGAAAAAUCAGUACAACUGAGCAUCAGAACAAAGCACUUAAAUGUUUGGGAUUUUUAAAUCGACUGACCAUUUAAAAAGGUCAUUUAUUUUGUUCAACAAAACCUGAUAUGAUAUGGAAGUGCCAGUGUUGGACUGAGGUGAGGGUGGUAUCAUCAAAUUCUGAUGUUAUUGCAUUAAUAGUUACAGAAUAAUAUGUCGCUUUAGUUUUGUCCAAAUUAUGGUGCUGCCAAGUAUCACUACAAAUUUAUUUGCACAUGAUCACAACGAAGUGCCCUUAAUAUAGAUGUAGAAAACUUAUAUAGAUCUAGGAAACUAGAAAACUUUCUAUAUAGUAAUAUAGAAGACAGCACCAUAGCAUCUAAAGCUUUAAUUUUGAAUAAUUUCAAUAUUUUGUAUCUCUGUAAACUUGAAUGCCUGUUCUCUGGAACUGACGUAUGUCUUGACUGUAGGCACAUGUAUCAAGAUUGUGUUUUGUAAUAUACCUAUAAUGUCAUACAAAUACUGGUUAAUCCAGUAAUUACAUGUGUCUAAAAGUGGUUUAUAUUAUUAUGUUCAUGGGUUCUGUUAAGAACACUUGCUUCAUUUGUGUAAGAAAAUUUUAGUUGCAUUAGUUCCUUACUGGCAAUAUAUCUAUAUAUCAGCCUUAGUCCUGACUAUUUUAUUGUUUGUCUGAUAUCCAUUGAAAAGUGAUCUCACAACGCUUUCACUUGAUCGCUGCAGAAUAUUAGUAAUUGACAAAGUGAACCUUGGAGUUGGUCUGAUGGGAAAUUAGGGCAACAUUGGCAUUUAAAACUGAUGGAGUAGGUUUAAAACAAAAGAACAGUUGAUCCAUCAAGAUUGCCCCGCCCCCCCGUAAUGAUGGCUAAAGUAUUGCAACAGAUAUUUCCACCCUGCAGUCAGCUGAUUUCCCGGGAGACAAUAAAGAGAAACAUUUGGACAAUAGGGAAUAACAUUCUCUGAAAAAACUGCUUUCCAAUUCCAUCAGGUGAUUAAGUCUAGUCCAGGAGAAAUUACAGGUACCAGUGUUUUUGAUGAAGACACAAAAUGUAUACCUUGGUUGUGAGGAACUGGUCUACUCCACCUCAACAGGCACCACUGUGUCUCUGAGAUCAUGUCGAAGAUCUGCUUAAUAUUCCGGACUGUUUCUGCUCUGAGAUGGCUUAAAUUUCCAUUUAUGUUUGUUUUCACAACUCGGUUUUAUGAAUUUAUUCAUCAUGAAUGUAAAAAUUAGUAGUUGUGGUUUAAGCAUGCAUCG